GGAGUUUUGGCUCUAGUUUAGUCCAUCUAACCCUGUCUAGUUUAGUCUAUUUUACUGAGUCGGUGGUCUAUAUUUCCUGUAAAAUGUAGGCGUCAGUCCGUCAGUAUUUGACUGGUGUUGACACUAUAGGGGCAGUUGUCGCUGUAUUCGGUUGGUUUUCGCUUUGUUUUCGGUGUGUUUUCGGUCUGGACAUGUCCAGUGCGGGUAUAAAGUGUCCAUCCUGUGGGUCCUCAAACGUCGUGGAUGAUGUGGUGUACUGUCAGCCUCAGACCGUGUGCGUGGACUGUGGGUCCGUGGUGUCCGAGGGGGUUCUGUGUACGUCCGACAGACACGUGGGGUGUUCAGAUGUCAGCUACAGCCGAUCUGCAGCCCCAGAUAAGACGCCAUGCGUGAAUCUGGUAAAAGGUCUGCAGAGAGUGAGGACCCUAUGUCUUAUUCUCCGUGUCCGGGGUGACAUUGAAGAUCUGUCACAGACCUAUUUCAACCAAGUGUAUCAACACAAAACCUUCAUCAACGUGAGCCUUCAGAAGAAAGAAAUUCUUGCUGGUUGCUCUGUGCUCAUAAGCUGCAGACUGCUCAACUGGCCCAUUACCAUGGGAACCAUCACCUAUCUGCUGGAUGCUGAUCCAACGAUGGUGGGACCUGUUUAUAAAGAGAUGAUCAAAAUUCUCAACAUCCAGAGUCCAGUCUUCAACUUCACUGAUGUAAUGGAAUCUCAUAGUCAGGAGUACAAACUCAACUCUCCACAUGUUCCUGAAGAGUAUCAUGAGAACUCCAGGGAUCUGUCCAAACGUGCCGUGGACCUGGCGGAACUCGCCGCAGACUCCUGGAUUGUGACAGGUCGUAAGCCCCUUCCUAUAAUGAUGGCAGCCAUAUACUUGGCCUGGCAAUCCUUAAAACCCACAAGGACUCGCCUCAAAAUUUCUCUGGACAAAUUUUGUCACAUUGCUAAAGUGAAUAAACACAAACCAGCUGUGAAGAGAAUAAGUGAGAUAAAGGAGGUGUUGUGCAAGCUAGGAAAAGAGAUUCCAUGGGUCAGGGAGGCAGUGACUGCAGAUAAUGUUCUGCACCAUGUGGAGGACAUCUUAAAGUACAGGUAUGUCUUGUUAAAGAGGGCACUGAGGAGCCAUGAGGAGGCUCUGCAGGCCGAGGUUCAGGACAGUGGUGGGGAGCCACUGAACACAGGAACUGCACCGGAUUCUGUUGAUCUGCCCGGUGUUUCCAAUCAGGAGGUUUCUGUGGCCAAAACAGCGCAAGACAAUGGAGAUAACAAGUCGGUGUUUGAGCUGGACAGUAACAAAGGAACCCAGGAUGGUCGUGACCCGGAACCCAACUGGGGGAAGAGGGUCCUGUUUUCUCCUCCAUGUGUAAGUAAUGCGAAGAAAAUGAAAGUCGACGUAGGAGAGUUUAAGGACGUAACAGGUGACGAGGAAAUCUCAGACAGUGAAAUUGAUUCGUACAUCCGUACUCCUUUGGAAACUCAAAACUUGGCUCUGGCACAUAAGCAUUUUUCUUCGUUAAAGAAUGAGAAGUCCUAAGUCAUUCUUCCAGUACAGACCAGUGUCUAGUUUUUUGUUAAAUUACUUCUGAAGACUAAAAAUAUUAAAUAAAUGCAAUUUCUGUAACAGAAAUGCUCAUAAGGAGGAGGUGUGUGUUAAAUGUAUCGAAGAUCAACACUUAACUCAAAUGAGCAGAUUGUGUUUGAAGGUACCUAUACUGUUAUUUCUGUUUGUGUAACAGGUCAUAAUGUUCAAUGGAAAUGGCCUGUAAAGUCCUUUCUGUGUAAAGGACCCAACUGAAUAGGGCCAUGUUCACAAGUUCUGAGUCUUUCGAUGCUAUAAUGACUUCAUGGUACCUGUGUUUGUACUUACCCAUGGUUUAGUUUUGAAAUUGUAAUAAAGUGAAUAAAGUUGCUUUAUGUGAUGAGCUGUGACAACCAC